CAUUGCAUUUAUGUUGGUCUCAUUACUUCCCUUAAACCGUGUAUACUUUGGGAGCUAUGCUGAGAGGGGAGUACAAGAGUCUGUCCUUCAGGCACUGUGGACAAAAGUGAACUGUAUGUAUCUGUAUGGAACUCGGUGCAGGCGGUUGUGGUUCCUGUCGCCGUAGACAGGACAGACGCAACACGGAUUCACUUUAUCGUCUGCUGUUAGAGAUCAUUUUCUAAACGGAAACCAGCUGUCGGGCUUCAGCAACAAGCAAUUGUUUGGGUGUUCAGGGAUAUUAUCACCUUCAUUAACUACCGCACCCUCCUUGUUCGUAAAUCCGACACACUCAUUUCGGAGUUCGGCUCCACCGUGAAGCCAGCCGCACCACAUGCCUUCAAUGCUUUCGGUUGUUGCGAGCUUUGUUUUGUCUCUUCGAGAAACCGGAGUGAAUGGGCGAACUCAAAUCGAGCUCAGAAGAACGAACGUCUGACAAUCAGCAUUUUUUUUGUACUGGUAUUAGUAUGAGAACAAGAUUAGCACUGUCCGAAGAUGACUUAUUCUUUUCCUAUUUCCCGUGAUUUUUAACCUCUCCGCUGCAGCCAGCCUGCCUUUGGACUUUUCUUUUAUUGUUGAAUAUGCCUCUGGUGAAAGUUUUGAGUUAUCCAACGAAGGGACUGCUCUACGGCUUUUACUGCACUGUACAAUAGAUGAGUGCGGAAAGUGGAAGCAGUGUAACUCGAGGCGGGGUUAAAGUUCAGCUCUAUGGAGUGGUGAAGCGUUGGUUGCAGUUCGCAGAGUUGGAAAUGUGAAAGCAAGAAGCAGGCUUUAUUUUUUCCCUCUCUCUCUCCCUUCUGUCUCUCCUUUUUUUUCUUUUUCAAAACACGGACACAGCCAUCACGGACACAGCCAUCACGCAUACACGGGCAAACACGGACACACACCCACACAUAUAUCACACAUACACACACACUCACUCACACACCAUCACACACAUAAACACGCAGACCCGUUCGUGUAACCCAAACAUACACACAUACAUACACCCUCCACAUCCAAGAUUAGAUACAACAGCUAUGUAUUCUCCGCUAUGCCUAACACAGGAUGAAUUCCAUCCUUUCAUCGAAGCACUGCUGCCCCACGUGCGAGCGUUUGCCUACACAUGGUUCAACUUGCAGGCCCGCAAGAGAAAGUACUUCAAGAAGCACGAGAAGCGCAUGUCUAAGGAAGAGGAGCGCGCGGUGAAGGAUGAGCUGCUCAGCGAGAAGCCCGAGGUCAAGCAGAAGUGGGCAUCGCGCCUUCUGGCCAAGCUCCGCAAGGACAUCCGGCCUGAGUUCCGGGAGGAUUUUGUGCUCACCGUCACCGGGAAGAAGCCCCCGUGUUGUGUGCUGUCCAACCCUGACCAGAAGGGUAAGAUGAGGAGGAUCGACUGCCUGCGUCAGGCAGACAAAGUCUGGAGGUUGGACCUGGUCAUGGUCAUUUUAUUCAAAGGUAUUCCCCUCGAAAGUACUGAUGGCGAAAGGCUGGUAAAGUCCCCACAGUGCUCGAACCCAGGGCUGUGUGUGCAGCCUCAUCACAUUGGAGUUUCAGUAAAGGAACUCGACCUCUACUUGGCCUACUUUGUGCAUGCAGAUGGCCAGUCAGACAGUCCCAACCAGCAGAGUGAGUCUGAUAUCAAGGACCAGCCUGAGAACGGACAUCUUGGCUUCCAGGACAGCUUCGUCACAUCGGGGGUCUUCAGUGUUGCUGAACUCGUGCGAGUCUCACAGACCCCCAUCGCAGCGGGGACGGGUCCUAACUUCUCGCUGGCGGACUUGGACAGCUCCUCCUACUACAGCAUGAGCCCCGGGGCCAUGAGGCGACCCUUACCAAGCACCUCCUCCAGCAGCUCGGCCAAGAGGAUCAAGUGUAUGGAGGAUGAGGUGGACAGUCCAGGAGAGGAGUCCUACUACCCGGGCCAGGGUCGCUCCCCGGGCAGCGGCAGCCAGGCCAGCAGCUGGCACGAAGUGGAACCAGCUGGAUAUAAACUGCGUGGCUCGCUAGCUAGUUCGUUCAUCUCAAGACAAGCGAGUCCCCACGCCACGCCGUCGAGCCUCCACUUCCCCACGUCGCCCAUCAUCCAGCAGCCCGGCUCCUACUUCUCCCACCCGGCCAUCCGGUACCACCCCCAGGAGAGCCUCAAGGAGUUUGUCCAGCUUGUCUGCCCCGACUCCGGCCAGCAGGGAGGACAGGUGGGCUUCCUUAACCCCAACGGAAGCAGUCAGGGGAAGGUCCACAACCCAUUCCUGCCCACCCCCAUGCUGCCCCCUCCACCCCCGCCCCCCAUGGCGCGGCCCGUACCCCUGCCUGUGCCAGACUCCAAACCACCCUCCACCUCCACCGAGGGAGGGGGCAACUCCCCCACCUCGCCAACCUACUCCACACCGAGCACGUCCCCAGCCCAGCGCUUCGUCAGUGUGGGCCCCCGAGACCCCAGCUUUGUAAAUAUCCCUCAGCAGCCCCAGUGGUACCUGGGAUAAGGACUCCAGACCCCCUCGCCGCCCGCUGGACAGAUCGCUGGACCCCCUACUUUCUCCCCUGAGUGCGACCCGACCUGAACCGACCAACACCCCGCAAACGUGCCCCCGCGUCUGACAGAGAGAAGCCCAACACUCCUCCUCCCCCCAAUCUGUCGCCGUCUCAUCACCCCCAGCGCCUGAGAGACUAGAGCAUCAGCAUGGCUACAACAACACCCCCCCACCCCCCCCAGAAAACAAGAGGAGAGCUACUCACCGCUAGAUACACUAUAUAUCUAUAUAGCCCAUAUAUAUCCCCCAUUCACAUGGUUGGUUUAUAUGCCUAUAUUCAUAUAUAGUACCAGUCACCUCAACUGUUUAUUGGAAGAGAGUUAGCAGCCUAUAUAUCCUGGGAAAGUGCACGUCGUCUUGUUCCUUUUCUUUCUUCUCGUCCACCCCACUUUGCCCCGGAGGGGACAUGAUCAUGUGACUAAAUCAAAGAGCUUCCCUAUACCUUUCGUCGUCAUAGCCGAACUUUGAAGAAGGUCCGGCGGGCGGGAAAGGCACAGAGAGCUAUGCGUCCUGUGUACGUGUAUGUGCCGAAACGAGGGGAAGAUCAAAGCUCUUGUUUCCUCUCUGUCUUUGCCCCCUUUUUCUCUCUGGUUGUUUCCGGACUCUGUUGAGUUUGUUGGGGGUUAUUGCCCCUGGUUGGGUGGCUCGCGGAUGUGGAGGUUUUAGCUGGGUCGGAUACCAACCAGUUAAUACUUCUCACCCACCACCCCCCACCACCACCAUCUCUCCACACCCCACCCUAUCCCACACUCAACCCUGAGGAGGGACUCUCCCCCCACAGCCAUGCCAAGAGUCUGAAGGCCUUCACCCGGCCACAUGGCUUUUCCAGGGACAUCUAGCAUUGCAAAUGGAACCCCAUGCAGAGGAGAACAAGCUACCAACCACCACCCCGUGAACUCAUAGGGCAGGGGGACGAGAGAGGGGACGGGGUAUUGAUGUUUAAUAUCGGUCAAUCGGGUGACAUAUUGAAGCUGGUAAAUAGGCUGCAACGAGAAGAGAAGUAUUUCAACGAGAGGCUUGUGAGAAAAUAACUUCUGUCUGGGAGGCUUGUUCAUGUUUCAUUUUUGUAUAAAGGUAAUUUCAGUUCUUUCCGAUCACCCUACAAACUAACGGUCUGUACGAUGCUAUACAAUGCAAAGGGCAGGUAGAAGGUCUGUAAUUCUACAAACUGACUAGACGGGAGACAUCCGUGACUUACGUGAACAGUGGAAUAUUGAAUUGAGGAAAGUGCAAUUUCGUUGGAUAGCGGUUGGAUAGUUAAAUGUCUUUGUAAGAUAGGUCGUUGAAACAAUUGGUGAAAAGUAUAUAUAUUUUUCUUCCUAGUCCUUUCACACCUCCGGGACUCUAAAAUAUCGGGGUACAAAAAAAAACCGUCAAUUAGAACGAUAGCCUUGUGAGAAAAUAAGGGGAGCUGUAUUUUUUGUUUGUUCAUCUUGUAAAUUUGUUAGUAUUGUAGAACGAAAAAUCCCUUUAAGAAAUAUAAUUUUAAAGCAUCUCUUGCAGCUUUAGACUGCGAUUCAUAUUUUUUUUUAAACGCAAAGUGAUUAACUUAUUUUAAGAAAGCACAUGAUUUUAAAUAAAGAAGUAGCGGCUUAAAUUUCUCAUGAGGCAAAAUCCGGAACAACUUUGUUGUAAAAAUUAUCUUAUAUGGGCGUCCAAGUUCUGGUUUGAUUGGCUAGACCUUCUCUAAGCCUUGUCCAAUCGGAAGCACUUAUUCCUGCAGUUGGCUUAUGGGCUGGGGGUGGAAGUUCAGUGAGAAAGAGAAAAAGCAGAGGGACCCUCUGUGAGCAUUUGUGUUGCGAACACGUUGAUAUCUACAUGAAGGCAAGAUCGCAACCAGACGGCGAAGCUUUUCAGCCGCUUCGCAUGCAAAUGACCAUUUUAUUAAAGUUUUGUUUUGUUUUUGUUUCCUAUACUAUACAUACUAUAUAUAUACACUCUUAUGACCGACUCAUCCACUGUCGAUCAAAAAACGUAUUAAAACUAUUUAAAAAAUCAAACAAAAAAAAUCUGCAUGUUCUAGUGUUAGUGACAAAUUUUUACAUAGAUUAUGUAGAGUUAGUGAAUAAAGACACUAUUGUAAUCCCAACAUCAGGCACUUGCCAAUAGUCUAUAUUUGUUUGGCCCCUCGAGGCUUUUUUUUUACUGCUGUCCUUCACAAUCAACCAGCUGAACGUCUUUAAGACUCUUAUUCGCUUCUCAUCAUUUCUGAGUCGUUUUUCCUAUUUCGUUCCCUCUUGAAAUGAUCAGUUCUCGUUUUUUCUUAAAGUAUAUAUAUUUUGUUUGUAUGUUCUCAAAUUGCACGAAACAAUUGUUCCUCAUCAAUGUGCCUUGAGCGAUGGUCUAGUCCCGAGUUGUUGCACAAUGUUCCAAUGUGGAGAGUUACAUUUUUUUUUUAGCCCUUUUUGAUUUAUUUGUUUCAUCCCCCACCUCCCAUUGUGUAGGAGUGAUCACAGUUGUAAUACUGAUAAGGAACAUGAAAUAUAAUGAAAUUGCUGGUUAUAAUACGCAGUAUUACAUCUGCUAUUUGAAGACCUCUCAGGCCCGUACAACAGUGCUUUUUCUCUCUAUGAUGCAACAUCGAAGUGCUGUGUGAGUACAGGAUCUGACAUACUAUCUCUGUCUUGUACUGCUGUUAAACUAGGCCAGAGUCAAUCACCCUGAUAUGGCCCCAUUUUUAGUCGUUCAGUGAGUAGGAAUAGAGCUCGUAGCUUUGUAUCUUGUAGAUAGUUUAGUUAAACCCCAAGCAGCCCCCUACCUGUAAACCAUUUUUUUUUUGUGUUGAGAAUACUAGUCUAUUGAUAUUUAUGGAUGUUGCUGCAAUUUCUAAAUGGAAAGUACUUUUUGUUUUGGAGUCUUCCUGUUUUUUUUGUUCGUUUUUUUUGUUUUGUUGUUCUCCCAGAAGUGAAUAAUGAGAAAGAUAUAUGCAAUACCUGCUUGCACUCAUGUAGACAUACACUAGUCGUUUUUUUUUGAUGAUCUUUUUAUUUUAUUUUUUAUAAAGUUAGCCUGCACUUGACUGGCUGCAUGGUUGGGGGUCGGUCCAUUUGGCAGACCCACUCAUGGAGAACAAAGGUUUCGCAAAGCCUAGUCAGCCUCGCUCGGGUAUUUUACUUUAUUUGUAUUCCACACGUACAAGAUGACCGCAAAAUAUAUUAGGGUUCUCCUUUUUGUAUAUUUCUGGUCACAAGCAAGCCUUUCAACAAGUCAAACUUCCUCUCCGUCACAAAAUCCACAUUUUCGACAGACUAAGAAAUAUGACGUCCAACAAUAAAAGUCCCACUUUCUAUAUCCUUUACUUCAAACGGACUUCCAAGUUGCAUAUAUAUGAAUUGUUUCUCUGUCUAAUACAUAUAUCAUUUUAAAAACGACAUUGUGAGUAUUGGGAAACCUUUCCCAAGGUGUCCAACGUGAUGGUUUAGUAGUAACACUUGCGUGGAUUGUGUGUUUCAUUUAGUAGGACAGUUUUGUUUUGUCUUUGUUCUUGCCUACCCUUUAGCGAUGAGUUGGGCAUUACUUUCUUAAUUAUCUGCACUAAAAUAUGAAAUAAAUGACAAUAGUGAGAAUUAUUGAAAAACUGCUUCCAGGGCUUAAAAGAGCGAAGGGAGGGGAAAAAAAACAAUUGCACGGACAUUUUUGUCACAAAACCUUGUUGUGGACAGCCUAGCAUCUAAUCAGCAAGAUUUGGCUGUGUGUAAAAUACGACAAAAUUGCGCCCUUUUUAAAGAAAGAAAGACUAAAAGCAAUAGUUUGGGCAGACUGUUUUUGUUCCUGUGUCGUGUGUGUCAUUUAGUUAUGGGUACAGAAGUGGAGAAAAGAUGUAGUGAUGAUGAGAAAGAGAGUAAAAAACGAUGGAGCAGGCAGGGCCGAAAGGCCUGACUGUGGGAGACGUGGUGUUUGUAUGUUGUAUAGUUUUAUUAAUUACACUGAUUUUAAAGCUGCCCUAUUUUAUAAUGCAGGACUUUUGUAACAUUAAUUAAAUGAGGAAAAAACUAGUGUUGUGAAUUGUCUGAUUGUUUGUAUUAAGGCCACAUUAAUAGAACUGGUUUUGUUUGUUCCAUGGGAACUGGAUUUAAGUUGAAAACUUUCCUGUUUCCUUCUUCUUUUCUUUCCUUUUUGUAUGUAUUUAAGGACUUGUUCUUCUUUUGAUGGUAUAGCGUAUUCCUAUACUUAAAAAGUAUAGGGUAUUGAGGUGAAAAGCCCAUUGUAAAUGGAUGUUACAGUAUGCUGUAUGUUGAAGGUUAUUUGUUGCAUCAGCGUUGAUGAAGCUAAAUCUAGGUAAUUCUGAGGAAAUUGGUAAGAAGAGUGUUUUUUUUUUUUUAUGCAUUUAAAAAUUAGUUUAGGCAGAAGACAAUGACAUAGACAGCCAAAGGAUGCCCCUAUUAUAAAUGCAUCUCGGCAUCUUUUUUUGUGUUCACCAUUCCAUGCAGGAAAAUAAACAGCUUGAUAUGCAA